UCACUCUGGGAAGAAGAAAAAAAAAAGUUUGUGAGGCGUGCGCUCCCCGCAGUCACAUCUUAACGCGCGCGCCCUCUUUGCCUGCAUACAAAAGUUGAACGUCUUGACCACCAGAGUGCAUAUUAGUCGUUUCAAUUUUUUUUUUCCCCCCAUUUUCUCACCACGUCUUGGUGUACUAGUGCUGCCAACCAGUCGACUUGGGCCCUCCAGACGAGAUGGCCGUCCUGUGCUGACGAUCCAACAAACGCAGAAGCACGCAAGGGGAACACACACACACACUUUGAAUCUGAGAGAGAGAGACCUUGCAUCCACGAGCACGUUUUUUGUUUUCUGUUUUUUUUUUUUUCAAGUGGCCAUUUUCGAAGUAACACAAAAAAAAAAGAGGAGGGAGAAAAAAACACUGUGACAAUUUCGGAUUGUGUUUUGUGUGGUAUGCAUAUCGUUGUGUCUCUCGAAAAUUCUGUGCUGGUGCCAAGUGCUAAACAACGUAACAAGUGAAGCAACAAAAAGCCUCCCCUCCUUCACAGUGUGUGUGUAUUUGUGUGGUGUGUGUGUGUGUGUGUGUGUGUGUGUAUCUAUUCAACACGGUGUGAUAAAAAAAAAAACGUGUGUGUGUGUCCGGGAUUUUUCUAUUUGGAUAUCGCGAGAUUCUCUUCGAAAAAAAAAAAAAGAAUCUGGGAGUCUUGACAAAACAAAAAAAAAAAAAAGAACUUGAAAACACACUUGCCGAACCCACAUCAUCUUAAAGGCGCGCGUUUUGGGUGUGUAGUGUCUGUGUCUGUGUGUACAGUGCGUGUGUGCGCGGGAGCGCGUGAAAUGGCGCUGUGAAAGGGGCUGCCAUCAUGGAUGGUGGUACAGUCAUUAUCAUCUUAUCUUUAGUCUAGGCCUGGAUUUAUCAAGUUGCAGCAACAGCCUCGUGUUUCUGCCGUCUGGGGGUUGUCCCACAUUUUUUUUUUGCUGGUAUUCUUUGUUGGUUUUUCGUUAAAACCGAAAAAUGCCGCACGUGAACGGAAGCAGCGACGGUGACGAUUUGGGCGAUGCCGACGAGAUCAAAGUUUUUAAACACGAUGAGGAAUGCGAAGAAGAAAAGAAACUGAUUGCCGAAGAAAGACAAUCCGACUCCCUGACUGAAGACAAAUCCAGUCUGGUCACCGAAGGAGAAUCACAGAGCAAAAAUGCUUCGUUAGCCGGCCAGAGUUUCACUGGCAAAAAUUCACUACGACCUGAACCUGGACCAUUAUUCGGUGGUCGGUCGCUGGAGUCGCUGGCCUCAUCGCACGCCUCUCCGCUCAACAUGGGAUACCUUAUGCCCUAUUCGUACCACAACGGCAUGGCCGCUCUCACCUCCCUGCCAUCCAUGGGCAAUAAGAUGGGACAUUUAGGUUCAGCAGCGCAUCACGCAGCAGCAGCGGCGGCGGCAGCAUCAUCGCUCCAGUUCUUUUACCAAGGAGGCGACCCGCUCGGCCAGCCACCGCCGGCCCAUAUGGGCAUUCCACCUUACCAACUCGAUCCGAAAACGGCCGGAGCUAUGGGUCUUCCUCGGCCGUCGAUGUACUCCUUCGCCCCCACCCAGUACCCGUACCCCAUGCUGAGUCCCGAAAUGGCCCAGAUGACGUCCUGGCAUCACAACGGUGGUAUGUAUCCGAUCUCAUCCGCAGCAGCUGCAUUCCGCAGUCCUUAUCCGGCCGGGUUACAACUGCCCUCAGCAUCACUGCCUAGGUUUUCUCCGAGCUUGUUGCCUCACCCAGGAUUGCACGGCGGUCAUCCGUUGAUGAGUCCAGGCCAUGCGGCCGCUUUGUCCAGUCUUCAUCACGGCGUCAAACAAGAGCCCGGACUCUCUAUGGGCCUCUUGGGCGACCAGAAUCACAGAAGCGGACACAAUGACGCCAAAGCGGCCAGCAGUUCGGCGACGCAGUCGGACGCUAGGUCGACGACGCAAUCGACGCCUCCUAAUAAUAACAACACCUCCCAAGCCGCCGAGAAAAAGAAGCCGCACAUCAAGAAGCCGUUGAACGCGUUCAUGCUCUACAUGAAGGAGAUGCGGGCCAAAGUGGUAGCCGAAUGCACGCUCAAAGAGAGUGCCGCCAUCAACCAAAUCCUCGGCCGACGGUGGCACACGUUGAGCCGCGAAGAACAAUCGCGAUACUAUGAGAUGGCCCGCCAGCAACGUCAACUGCACAUGCAGCUCUAUCCCAACUGGACCAUGAGGGACAGCGUCGCGUCGGGCGCCGCUCGCAAGCGGCGCAACAAGCGCGACAAAGCCGCUGACGGAGGAAACAACAUGAAGAAAUGCCGGGCGCGAUACGGCCUCGACCAGCAGAGUCAGUGGUGCAAACCUUGCAGGAGGAAGAAAAAGUGCAUUCGUUACAUGGACGGCGCCGACGAGGCUGACCACUCGGAGGACAAUUUGGGGAGCGCGGGAAGCGUAGGCGAAACGCGUUCACCCGACUCUAAGGUCGACGACGAUGACGCCAGCAGCGACUCUGAUGCCGCAGCGGAUGAUGAUGAUGGAGGAGCCACCUCGGCAUCGGAUUUGGGACUCUCGAGUCCUGGUCUGAGCCUGUCCUCACUUGCCAGUCCGGCCAUCCUACCUAGUCCCAGUACGAGCCUGGCCUCGCCCUGCCCUUUGACGCCGUCGCCGGCCACACCGUCUUCGGCCAGCUACACGACGGGCGGCGGCGUGGGCGGACACGACGCCAUCAUCGGCAUCAUCGGCAAGUCUUCGCUCAUUACGGCGCAGACGAGCCUCUCGGCCGCUUCGUCCUCGUCCUCGUCGUCCUCCUCUUCCGGCAACGGGAGCACCCCGAGUCUACCUUUCGGCUUGUACAACAUGUUGCCAGGGCCUAGUCCGUCCGGAUCGGGUCAUUCUCAUCACUCUGUUCAUCACCACCAUCAUUCUCAUCAUCACCCGCUCCAUCCGGCGCCGUCUGCGGCGGGCCAGCAACAACAGCAGAACUCUUCGCAUCACCACCACCAACACCACCAGCAGCAGCAGCAGCAGCAACACAACCACCACGGGCUGCUGCUACCGCCGGCCAACCUUCCGCAUCGGCAUCCGAUCGGCACGAAUCCGCACGACAUCAACAAUCCGUUGAGUGUCAAUCAGCUGACGGGCCAGUGCAGCAGUAACAGCAAUAAGGACAAGGCGCAUUCGUCUGUCAGCAAAGCCUCCGAUACCAAUUCGCACGCUAUUGUUAGUGUCACCUGAUCACACAACUAUAUUUCCUCCCCACCCAUCCGCAUCUUCCAUUGGCUUUUUUUUUUUCAACGCCAGAAUUCAACAGAACUUGUGGCGCGGGCCUCCUCGCUCCCUGGUCGAUUUUUAAUGAAAUAUGACACAAUAGGAAAAAAAAAAACCGAGAUUUUAUUUUGCUCAAUGGCAAAUGAAAUCGUUUCUUCACUUCCUCCCUUGUAAAAAAAAAAAAAAAAAAUUAGCGCUCUCCCUCUUCCUCCCCGUUGGCAGUUGGUCGAGAAAAGAAGAGCCAUCUAGCGGGUAAUUCUAUGGAUGGUUUUUGAAUUUUCUCGAGAGGUUCUUUAUUUUUACAAGUUUUUGUUUAUAAAACAAAAGAAACACAAAAUAACAACAAUAGCUGAAGGUGCUGAUGAUGGGCGUGACCUCAGGUUCAACAGGGUUGUUUAUUCUAUUAAAUUUUUUUUUUCUCACCUUUUUCGUCUCCGAUUAUGUAAGUCGUUUCGUAAUCCUCCGCAAACUUGGAAACGAAUGGGUUUUGUUUUUCGAGAAAUAUCCAACGAAACGCGAGAGUUUCACCGUCAACACAAUUUCUCUUCCCAUCUAACCGUAUCCCUCCCCCCUUUUUUUUAACAUUCAAAACGGAAAGAGAUUUUCACACACACACAGCAAAAAACAAAAAUUAAUUUUCAUCGUUGGUUCGAUAUACAAUUUUUUUUUUUUUUUUUUUUCAUUAUUCCUCGACCUCUUCGACUCUCUCGGUGUGUACUGUGGGACGGAUGACCGGGAACGCGCCAAUUUUUGAAAACCAAUUCUUUUCAUCCUCGUCGUUGAAAAACAACAAAAAAUUAUAAUAAUAAAGAAAAGCAAAAAUGAAUGAUGAAAAAAAAAAAAAAAAUAGAUAAAAAAAAAUUACAAAAAUGAAAACACAAUUUUUCUCGUGCCAAUCAACAAGAGGUUUUUACACACCUUUCAAAAAAAAAAAAAUCCCAUUAGAAUAUUUGAGGAGCAGGGGGGAGGACAACCCAUUUUUCGCGUGCUCUUAUAAAUCCUUCUUCCUCCCCUCACACUCUCUUGUCUCCUGAUAUGUAUUUUUUUUUUUUUCGAUUUCGGAACAACCACUCGACAAUUUUUGAUUGUAAAUGUCAUGUGUAUAUCUUUCUUUCCCGUUUUUUUUUUCUUCCACUCCGGUCUCUUUCAAACUGCAAAAAGAAAACAAAAAACAAAAAAAAGCAAAAAAGCAAAAAGAAACAAAAAAAAAAAAAAAAAUUAAGGAUUUUAUCGAUUUUUUUUUCGCAUUUUUUAUACAUAUUUUUUUUUUUUCAAUAUUCAUCAAAAUUCUCCCGUGUGAAAUUUUCGCGUGUGUAUGUAUUUGUAUGAAUGCGUUUACGUAUGUUUGCGGACAAUCAUCCAUCACCCGAGUACUUUUGCCGUGUGUGUCUGAUUUGUUUUUUUUGUUUUUUUUCUUCCCGUGUCUUUCUUUAUGAAUGAUUGAGAUCGCGCGAACGCGGGAGGGAUAAGUAUGUUUUUUUUUUCCCCUAUUUGAAUAUCUUUAUAUCUUCCCUCCCCCCAUUUUCAUGUUGUGACUUUUUGGUUCGUUCGUGUGAUUGUGUGUGUGUGUGUGUGUGUGUGUGUGUGUGUGAGUGUGUUGGAUUUGAAGCGACGUUGCAUUCAUAUUAAACAGGAAACCAGGCUUCUUUUCUCUUUAUAUCUCUCUCUCUUAGACUCGGAGUAGUUCUCUUAUUGUUUAGCUGUUUUUUUUUCUCUUCUUGUUAAUGGCGUCUAUUUGACAAACAAAUAAUUGGGUCGUCGAAAUACUCGUGAAAUUUGAAGGGGAGGGGUAAGGGCCUAUUAUGUGAUAUAGUGGAGGAGCUCUUUUAUUUCAUUAAAAAAAAAAUAACAAUAAUAAAAUACGGUGUAGUAUUUUAUUACCACCAGAGAGAAAGAGAGACAAAGAAUUCAUUUCAAACGAGCUUAUAAAAAGAUUACCAAAUCAUUAGCGGAAAUACACAAACUGUGGGAAAAAGAGAAAAAAAAAAAAGAGAUGAAAAUCGCCUCAAGAAUCAACUUGUCCGAAGAUGAAGAAAAAGCAAAAAACUAGGGAAGGCAGCACGAAUUUCAUCUUUUGCAUUUCCUCCCACCUGGAAAACCUGAAAUUGAAUUUAGAAAUUUUUUUUUCUGUUUUUUUUUUUUUUUUUCGUUUUCCUCAUCAGACGGAGCCCCCCCAAUCUCUCUCUCUUCUACCUCCCUCACACAACUCACGCCAUUCCCUCUUCUGUCUUUUUCUAACAAAACAAAACAAACAAAAAAAAAUGGUCUCGGCCUUAUGUUGUUUUUAGUUUGGUUCACCAUAUUAUUCAAAGCGCAGAUUGUACAUAAAUGGAAGCCCCCCCUCCCAUACACUUCCCUCAAAAAUCCGUUUGUUCAUCAUGAAUUUUUUUUUUCUUUCCCUUUUUGUCUUGUACGUCAGAAGGAUCGGAACCCAGCUGAUUGAAUUCAGCAGGUGUGUAAGCGUGUGUUUUGUUGUGGACGACCCCCCAUCUCGUGUGUGCGUGCAUCGUGUUUUUUUUCAUUGUUGUUGUUUUCUUUUUCUUUUCUAACUGCCCUCAUCUAUACCCUCGUUUGCAGCGUAUUGCACCGAUGAUGAUUAGGUUUGAUUGUUUGUUUGUUUUACUUUCAAUUCACAGUCGAAUGUCAGCUUAUUGGUUGUAUCAUUUUUCAUCGUGUAGGCAUUCCUGUAUUAUAAAUAUUGGCCUUAUGUUUGCAAUACAAAGUGAUAGAUGGUGUAUAAA